CACUCACAAGCUCCAUUGCCACAAAUCACCAUACAUUCAUAAGAAAUGGGAAACCUAAGUAGAGUUAUCGGUUGCUUAGUUCUCUUAAUGUCCCUUGUGAAUCCUUCCUCCGCUACCACUCACGCUGUCGACUGGUCGCUUGGGUCAGACUACACUUCCUUGACCACCGGCAAGGCCUUUGCUGUCGGAGACACUCUCUUGUUCAAGUACGGAGCGGGGCAUACGGUGGACGAAGUGAAUGAAAGCGACUACAAGAGCUGUACGGUGGGGAACUCCAUCUCUUCGGACAGCACUGGCUCCACUUCCAUCUCUCUCAAAACCCCCGGGACACACUUCUUCAUCUGCGCCGUCCCCGGUCACUGCUCCUCCGGCAUGAAGCUCUCUGUCACCGUCUCCUCUGCCGGCGCUAAUCCCACGACCGACACGGGCCGUCUCGGUUCCUCUGCUCCGGUGGCCGCCUCGCCUUCGUUGGCUGCUUGGUUUGCUGCUUUGUAUGUUUUGGUCAUCUCCCAGUUUUGAUGUUUCCUUUUGUUGUGAUUGGUUCUAUGAUAUUCGUACGUUGUCGAGAGACCAGGGUAGAGGCAGUGCCUGUAUCUAUGCCAUGUUUCCAAUCGCUCUAUGAUUUAUCUAUGAAAUGCUUUUUCAGUGAUC